CCUCACGCCGUCCACGUGGCUGCGGGCGGAGUCCCAACCUCAACUCAUCGUCCCCCAUCCAUCGCCCAUCUGGAAGAGGGAGGACGACGGUCGCUCUGGUCGCUCUGUUCUCAACUCUAGACGCUUCGGAUGACGUAGGCAGCAAAAUGACUGGCGAAACAACCAGAAAAGGGAUAUGAGACGGAGACAACCUUAUCAACCCCGCCUGAUCGAUUAAAGAACCUACUCUAGAGGAAGUAGAUGUCUAACAAUCCGUCCGUUCAUCCAAUACGACCUUUCCGUCAAAAAUAAGGCAGGGGCGGAAAAAUCGCAAAUGAGUACCAACGCUUCUGUUCCUCAGACCCUCUGGGAUCUGCAGGUCCCGUUAUACAUCACGCAUGCGAGCGCCCCCAACAUGCCUUUUGUGACAGCUGUGCCCCGGUUCAGUUAUCUUGCGUUAUUGUUGCCCCGCUUAUCGACCUACUUCGGGCUACCGUGCUCGAGCUUUCACCAUGAGGAUGUGUUGCUGCGGAACUUGGCCGUCGGACUGCUUGUCGACCUAUACCAGCCGACCUUACCGUGGCGGUUGGUUGUUGGAGAUGGCAUUAGUUGGGAUAUCGGAGAUACUUUUCUGAAUAGUGCAAAGGAGGCGGACUUCGUAAGAAAUGGCAAUGCGCAACAGAUUAUGUCCUUAUCAAAGGAGAAUACUACAGCGCUCUGGAACGCGGUUCAAGACAAUGACUACACAGCCUUUAACAAGGUGAACUCACGGCUACUGAACACCUCACGUGAGCUCAGAAAUGUGCCCCUGCGUAUUUACAUCCCAUCUUCCCCUAGCGACGUGGCUGGCGGUAGCAACAACGCAGCAGGCGCAUUCAAGGUCAUGCAAUCCCUUGUAUCGCCCAAGAUCAACGAUCGUACUCCACAGACUCUGGGCGUAGCAUUGCGUACUUUACUGCCCAAGCUGUUCCCAAGUAGUAGAGAUCCGGUGCUUGCGGCGGCGAUCUUGCAUGGCGUGCGUGUCCCGUUCCACGCACCUCUCGAGGAGCUGAUGCGUGAGGCAGCCUACCCAGAUGGGUGGCUAUGCCUUGUGGUUGUGCCGUUGGAUAUAUGAUUGUCCUCUUGUCAGUACGAUCAUGAUCCUGCGACACUGAAUAUAACGGCAGCGGUUACACGGAUUCGGGACAAUAAUUACCUUCCGUCAUCGGAAGAUUGUAUCAGGGAUGAACUUGAAAAUUAAACACAAAAUAAGUCUCGUGUACAUGGCCACCCCUGAAAAAGGCUAGCUGGCACAUAUCGCUUCUCUACACUUUGGCCGAACUAAUACAAAUGAAUCUCAUCGAGAAGGCACAAUCUAUC